ACAGUAAACACCCACGUACAUGCUGAUCACGUAACCGGAACUGGUAUGCUGAAGGAAAAAAUUCCAAAUAUUAAAUCGGUGAUUUCUCGAACAUCUGGUGCCAAAGCAGACAUGUUUGUGGAACAUGGAGACUCAUUUAUGUUUGGUGAACAGGUUGUUGAUUGUAGAGCCACCCCCGGCCACACCGCAGGUUGUAUGACUUAUGUACUACCAGAACAUGCUAUUGCCUUCACUGGAGAUGCAUUGCUUAUAAGGGCUUGUGGUAGAACUGACUUCCAGCAGGGAAAUUCUGAAACACUGUAUGAUUCUGUACAUAAUCAGAUAUUCACGUUACCAGAUCACUUCCAACUUUACCCUGGACAUGAUUACAUGGGUUUCUCAGUAACAACAGUGGCAGAGGAAAAAAUUCUGAACCCUAGGUUAACUUUAAGUAAAGAAAAAUUUGUCAAAUUUAUGAAAGAUCUUAAUCUUGCAUAUCCAAAACUAAUAGAUGUUUCUGUUCCUGCAAAUCUUAAAUGUGGGGAAAUAAGUCGACAGGCAUUACUUGGAAGUGAACAAAUUCUGAACAAAUAAGAUAUGCAGCGGGGUUGUUGUUUUUUAAAUUGUUUCAUUUUUAACUUUCCUUAGUAACGCAAUGCUUUGAAAGUGUACUUUAAAUUUUCUCUCUCUGUUCUGUGUUUUUCAUAUUUAAUUUUCCCAGCUUUGUAAAUUGCUUGCCGCCUCAAAUAACUGUAAGCAUGCACUUUUAAAAAAAUCAUUGAUACAGCGACUCUGUAUGAUAAAUACAUGUAUUUUAUUCUUCAAAUACCUAUGUACAAAGUACGAUACUAUGUUACUGUAUACCUUGCUUUUUGGAUAAAAGGAGUAAAAAAAUUAACUGCACAUAUCUACACAUGCUACAAUAUGUUUUUUAAGCAAAAUGAGAUUUCUAAAGUGAUGUAAUUUACAAACUGACAAACCUACAAGUCAAUUAACAGGUAUUUCCUGUAUUAUAAUCCUGGAUGCUGAGUUCCAACCUGUUCUUGUAUAUCCUCUCACAUAACCACCAUCACAAUUACCUAUGGCGAACCCCACAUCAACAAGACCUUGGUUUAAUCCAGUGCAUAAACCAACAACUGGAACAAAAUACAAUAAAUCAAAAGUACAGUCA